GAUUCGGGUGGGGGAAGCUGGCAUUUCGGCUGGCAUGGCCCAGCUGGGCGCACGUUCUGUGGCGCGGAGCCAGCGGCAGUCUCCAUCCCGGCCCUCGGUGGUAGAGUAUGUGCAUUGUAUGCCAAAGGGUCCUCCUUCGGUUCUUGGCAUUUUUAGGUAGGGCUGUAAAAAAUCCCCCGACCCAAAUGCUGCCUAGCUGCUGCCAGAUGGGCCAGCAAUCUGGCUAGUUAUAAGGCAGCUUCCUAGAUCCCUAACCCUAAGCUAACUAUCUUGGAAGUAAAUGCCAGUGAAGUCGCUAGGACUUUCUUCCAGGCCAGUGAGGCUUCCUGGGUUACAUCUUGAGACAGGUUUAUGUGACAACCUUGCCGAAGCUCAGGAGGACUGAGUCUGGUGGUUGGACUCUGGUUGGGAGGAAGUCGCAGUCUGGAACACUAUGAUGGAACAUAUACUUAAAUGAAAGCUACAUAGCGGAUAAAAAGGACUGUCAUUGUGCAUUUCUGUUGACUCUGGUUGUAAAAAGACGUAGGUAGCCCUAUGUGGAAGUAAUUUCUGUUUCUCUUUGCAUAGCUAUUUAUGUGUUUAAGCACACUUGUGUUAUGCUUGAAGCCUAUUAGGUGAAUAUGAUGGUUGGGGAAGAAGAAGAUUUAAUACUGGUCCAAACUUAUAAGACUCUUGUAACGAAUGCUGAGAAUGCUUAUGAAAUGCUUUUAAUGUUGUUUUUUUAUCACUAAGAUGAUGGUUACUAUUAUGGUCUUGGGGUAGUAAUGGGUCAAUUUUAAUAUAGUCCAGGCCAGUGAAUUAUUUGGUAGUAUCACCAAGCAUUGAGAUGGAAUGAUCCUUUAAACUUUGUUCAAAGCAACCUCGAUUGUCAUGGAAUGAGAGGAAUCUAUUAGUAUCUAUUGGUAAUUAACCAAUUAUCUGUUAGUAAGAGGUUAAAGAACAGAGAGCAGAAAUAGCCAGGUUUCACAACAGAUAAAAGUAAACAGUAGGGUGCUCUAUCCCUCCCUCCCUAAAAAUACGAAUGGAUUAUAGUGAGCUCCAAAAGAUCCCUUUCCUAAAUAUCUGUUCUUACUGAUCAGCAAAAACGAUAGCUCUCGCAGCUUCUUGGGGAAGCCAUCAGGUCCCACUUCUUAAAGUAACAGCAAAUGUUAAACAGCUACCUGGCUUGGAAUUUUUGGGUACACCCUGAGAAAGGGGUUCAGGCAUUUUAUAACACAAAGGCACAUAAGCAACCUUUUUCUGCCAGGAUUUAUCUAAAUUUUCCCAACACCCUCAAUAUGGAGAGGCGCCAGACUAAAACCUUUUAAUUUAAUUGUUAUUUUAAAAACAAAUUUAAAUUUUAAUGUUUAACAGUCGCAUUUAUUUAAUUUAUAUUAUGCCUGAGAUGGAAUUGGUUGUUUUCUUGGCAACUGAGUCAAAAUGUUUGUAAUGCUGUCCACCAUCUCUUUCUUGGUGAGUCUCAACAGUUCAUACUUGAAGUCAGAUAUUCUUGCUCCAACAUGCAUUAUUUUAGCUUACAUUGAACCACAUUUGCCAUUUUGAUGCCCAUUAUCCCAGUUUAGAGAGAUUGUUUCAGAGUUCCUCAAAGUCUCUUCUUGUUUUAAUUUAGUGUCAGCAAGCUUGUCCACUUCACUGUUCAUUCUUAAUUUCAUGUCAUUAUGGAUAAGUUGGAAAGCCCUGGUUCCAAUACAAAUCUCUGUGAGAUCACCCUGUUUAUAUUCCUACGUUGUGAGAAUUUAGCAUUUAUUCCUACUCUUUGCUUUCCAUUCCUUCACCAGUUACUGAUCCAGAAGAGGCCCUCUACUCUUAUUCCAUGACUAUUAGGUUUGCUCAGGUGAAGAACUUUGUCAAAACGUUUUUGGAAAUCCAAGGAAACCUAUACCAUCAUCCCGGUCCACAUGUUUAUUGGCACACUUGGAGAACUCUGAAGGAGCACAAAGUGAUCAUUGUUGGCCUUGAUAAUGCAGGAAAAACAACCAUUCUUUAUCAGUUUUCCAUGAACGAAGUAGUUCAUACUUCCCCAACCAUAGGAAGCAACGUAGAAGAGAUUGUUGUCAAUAAUACACGUUUUCUUAUGUGGGAUAUUGGAGGCCAAGAAUCUCUUCGCUCUUCAUGGAAUACAUACUAUACAAACACGGAAUUUGUAAUAGUUGUUGUGGAUAGCACAGACAGAGAAAGAAUUUCUGUAACUAAAGAAGAACUUUAUAAAAUGUUAGCACAUGAGGACUUAAGGAAAGCAGGUUUGCUCAUCUUUGCUAACAAACAAGAUGUUAAAGACUGCAUGACGGUAGCUGAAAUUUCUCAGUUCUUGAAGCUAACUUCAAUUAAAGAUCACCAGUGGCACAUUCAGGCAUGCUGCGCCCUUACUGGAGAAGGAUUGUGCCAAGGACUUGAAUGGAUGAUGUCAAGGCUUAAGAUCAGAUGAUUUUUACUCUGCACAGACAUUGUACAAAACAAAAGUGCUGGAUGUUUGGUUACCUUGACAGCUAUGCAUUAAUGGCUUAUCUGUAUUUAUAAAACCAAAACUGAAUUUUAGGGGGUUUUUUCUUGCUACUUAACACACUAAGGCCAACUGCAACGGAAAGAAAACAAAUUUGUUUUCCCAGAUGCUUUCUCUGGGGUGGAGUUUAAAUACUGUGACUGAUCUUAAUUUUAAGAGAGAUCAUUUGAGACUGUUCAAUGAAUAAUGUGUGAGAUGAGAUUGAAAGAAACAUUUUAACUUUUACAUUUUAUUAUUCCAGUCUUAACUCACUCAGUUGAAAAUGUUGACUUUGUUAUUCCAGAAAAAUCAGAAAAGAAAAUAAGUGGCACAGGCAUUGACAUUAGUAUUGAGGGCAAUUCAGAUGUGCUUUAGAAGUGCAACAGUUUUCUAUGUAUGUGUACUGUACAUUUUGUAUACUUAUACCUCAUGUUAAAGUUGAUUCAGUUCUGUACAGAGAAAUGGUAAAUGUCAUUUACUCUGUCAGUAUUCCUGAUUCUGAGUUCCACAGAAUGGCUAACUGAAGUGUAUGAAUUAAAGCACUUUAGUUCAGCUGAACUGCUUAGUUUGUAUCCAGCUUUGUCAGUCUGCCAACAGAAUGGAUUCAGCUAGUGGAACAAAUCCUGCCUUUCCCAGCUCCCUCUCUAUCCUCAUACCCAAAUCUCUGGAGCAGGUUUUGGGGCAUGUGGGGGCCUAUGGCUGGGAAGAGAAGGGAGAAAAGUCCAGUUGCAUGAGUUGAACUCUGCUUGCACAGCAUUAGAUGUUGCCCCAUGAAAGUUAAGCAUUGGGUCAAAAGUACUUCUAUCUUGUUUUUUUAAAUUGGACUGUGAAAAAUAGCACUAACAAGUAUCACGUCAUUUAUAUUUUGUACUAUCCUGCUUGCUAUUUUCAUGCUAGUGGUGAUGGAAAAAUUCUUGAAAAUUUAUGUUUCCCUUUUAUGCUGCUUAAUAUUGGCAUGUAUCUAUACCAAACAAAAUAAAUGUGCACGGCAUUUAGGAGGGUGAAAGGAGGAGAACUUAUAUAUCUUUUAAAAAUUCAUAAUUUUAUUGUGUUGGAUGGGAAAAUCUGAAAUAUGCAAUACUGUUUUUAAAAAGUUACACCUAGGUUUAUAGUAGGACAUUCCCAUUUUUAAUAUUUAUUUUGGACUAGGGUGUUAAAGAGAAUAAAUUCCUUUUUCCCUCCUUUAUCAUAAAGUAGUAGACUAAUGAGAAACUUUACAAAAUUGGUUCUUAUAGACUGGAGUACUCUUUAGGGGAAUUGGUUGUUAUAUCUCAGAGUAUCCUUUAAAGAUAUUUAUAAUCCAAAAUGAGCAGACCUAAACUAAUUUGUACUUAAAUCCCAUUAAAAUCAGUAGAAUGUUUCAUGACUAAUGUUGUCUGUUGAUUGCAGUGGAAUCUAAGUCCAUCUAAUUUAGUCUGAAUCAAAUUGAUUAUUUCUUUACAGGGGACAGAACCUAAAAUCUAGAUAGCUAGCUAUGUUAACUAGAUUAGCUACAUAACAAACUGCUUUUGAAACUCUAUAGUGGUUCAGUUGUUUGCUAUCGGACUUGAUGUAGACUUUCUCUUAAACAGAAAUCUAAACUCAGUGCAUGGAAGUAGUUCACUGGAUUGUAGAAACGCUGCUGUAAUCCACAUGAAAUACAAUUUGCAACUUUAACCAUCCCUGUUUGUAAAAUCUCCAGGGUAUUAAACAGUGUGAAUACAUUUUUAACUUUGUGCAACAAACAUGAUAAGGUUGGUGGAAAGCAGUAAUUUGAAGAGGUGCCAUUGCUUAGAAAAAUUACUGCAUGUGUUAAAAGGAUUUGAGUCUUAUGAAAAUAGUAUUAAAGUGCUCUGAACACUGUGCCUACCAUUCUUACCAGGCUUUAGGGUAAUUUAGAAACAAAUAUAUAUCUAGCACCUCUUAAUGUUGGAACAAAUAUAUAAUUAACUUCUGGCAAACAGGAAGGCCUUCCUUAUUCAGGUUUUUCUUGAAAAAUAUAGGUCAUUAAGUACAAUUUGCUCUUAUAUUAAAACCAAUCCUGUAAAAAUGUAGUGGUGUUUUAAUUUCAAGACAUUUUGACCCACUUAUAGCAGGUUUGACUCUUAGAAUCUGAUGGAAGAUCAAACUGGGCAUGUAUAAUUAUUGAUUACCAGUUAAUCACUUAAGUAUGUUUACAAUGUUUUAUCAAAUGCAUGUCCAUAUUCAGUGGUGCCAUUAAACUGGAAUAUCAAUGUUUCGGGAAGAAGGGGAAGGAAUUUUAUUUAUAGGCUGGUGCAGGACAGUGGUGCUAGUCCAGAUAAUGUCUUUUUAAAAACUUUCCUUUGAACUUUUUAUGUUAAGCCUUUUGAAUCUCUCCCUUAAAUUCAAAUGUGGUUUCCUUUGAGGUGAAGGGAAUUGCCAUUUGAGACUGGAAAAGUCUAAAGCCUUUUCAGGCUAGCUGCAUGGUUCUUCGUAUCUUAAAUAGGCAUUUUUCCCCUUUUAGUUGCAGUUGUAAUCAAACAAGUGCAUUCUUGGAGAAAACCUGAAAAAUCUGUUUUCUAGCCAUACCAAAUAAAACUAUAAGUAAAUUGUAUAGAUCUUUGGAAUAUAUCCCUGUUACCAAAUAAAAUUAAUUAAGUAACCUAUACCUCCACGUCUAUAUGAGAGUAAUGUGGAAGAGAACCUGACGUACGCCAGCUUUUUUGCCUCCUGAUAAUAUGUCUCUGUAGUUUAAAAGAAAAGUGUGCAAAUUGAUUCUUCUCCUUUUCAACCUUGGGAAACAAAGGCAAAAGGAGGGAGGAAAGCAUCUGCAACUUUCAAAGAAAGACUGUGCUUCAUGAACUUCAGGAAAGCAUCAUGUGUUGCAGACAAGCAGUGCCUGGGUUUGGCUGGCUGACCUCAUGUUGACAACAGGAGAGGUAUCUCGCACAACUUCAUGUAUUUCAGACUGGAAUGAGACAGCAGAGGAUAUAUACACUGCCACUUGCCAGUUAAGAUACCCUUGAAAAAGCUUAAUAUAGAUCCUUCAGUGAGUCACUUUUACUUGAGGGUAAGCAUAUGAAGUUAACCAAUUAAUUAUUUUGAGUUAUGUUUGAAGCAAAGACCCAUCUUCAUUUUUAUAUAUAUAUUUGUCUGAAGCAAGCUUUGCUCAAGAAAAACUUGGUAUGUACAGUCAUUUAUAACUGGCUGUUUUACCACCAUCCCUUUGAAAUUUAGCUGAAGGAUUCUGGGUGUUCUAACUUGACAGGCAAAGUUAUCCAAAGCACUAACAACAAUGGAUUAAGGGCUGCUUGACACAGAAACACUUUAUACCUGAGUACCGGGUGGGGGGGGGGGGCAAACACAUACACCAUUGUGUGGUAUAUGUAUCUGUGAAUAUGCUACUAUCUCAUAUAAAUGUCAUGCAGUGCUAUAUGCCACUCUGUUUUGCGGAGUGAAGAGAUAGCAUGCUCUAUUCUAGCCUUCCUCAGCCUGCUGCCCUCCAGGACUAGAACUCCCAGCAUCCCUGAACAUGGGCUAUGCCAGCUGGGGCUCAUGAAAGUUGAAAUACAAAAUACCUAGGAAAAAACCAGGCUGAUGAAGGCCGCUGUAUGCUUUUGUAGGAUAUGGGCUUGAAGUGGACCAUAGGUAUUUUAUUUAAUAUACAAGUUAUGUGUUCUUUAUCUAAGGCCACCUUGGAAUGUACCUUGGUUCAUGUCAAUCUGAAGAACAGUAGGAACAUAAAACUGGCCUGGAGAAUAUACCAAAAGAAACCUUAAAUAGGGUGGUUUCUACAGUUUGGCUAGUGGAAGAACUGACUGGCAUUAAGUUCCAUUUGUUUUUUUUUACUAGCCCUACUUGCACGCUUGCUUCUCUGUGUAUGUAACUCUUAUUCCAUGUGUAUAUUUGUAAAUAAAAAGAUUAUUACAAAGAUA